CUUGUUGCCAUUUAAAGGGUGAGGGCGGGGGUAUGUUUUGAAUACAUGGUUUAGAGGAUCCAUCAUUUUGAGACCUCAUCUGUAUACUACUAGACGGCUCAAAACGACGGAUUACAGGCGUUAAUUCCACAAACGCGAGGGACCUGCGGCGGCGCAAUUUACCCUUUUUAACUUUUCGUAUUGGUUUUCGUACGCCCGGGGCGGAGGGACGAGGGGAUCCUCCGCGCGGCGAGUGAAGACCUUGAGUUCGAUGCCCUCAUUUCAAGAUUGGUAAUUGUUUGGGGUUCGAGCAGUGGCGAUGAAGAAAUCAGUGUUGCCAUUGCAAAAUAUGUUUGGUACUGAGAAACAACUAUGUGAAAAGGAGAGUCUUGUGAAGCUUUUAAGAUGGCAUUUCGGCUAUUCUGGAUUCAGGGGGAAGCAGCUGGAGGCCAUUGAAGCUGUUAUCUCAGGAAGAGAUUGUUUUUGUCUCAUGCCUACAGGAGGUGGAAAAUCGAUGUGCUACCAGAUCCCUGCAUUGGCAAAACCUGGAAUUGUUCUUGUUGUUUGUCCUUUAAUAGCAUUGAUGGAAAACCAAGUACUGGCAUUAAAGGAGAAGGGGAUUGCUGCAGAAUAUCUGUCAUCUACUCAGACUUCAGUUGUCAGAGAAAAGAUCCAUAAAGAUAUUGACGCUGGAAAGCCUUCCUUAAGGUUGCUCUAUGUGACUCCAGAAUUGAUUGCAACAACUGGAUUUAUGUCAAAGCUAAUGAAACUUCAUGCUAGAGGCUUGUUGAAUCUAAUAACCAUAGAUGAGGCUCAUUGCAUUUCAUCAUGGGGCCAUGACUUCAGGCCUAGCUACCGAAAGCUUUCAUCUCUAAGGAACCACCUUCCAGAUGUGCCAAUAUUGGCUCUGACAGCAACAGCUGUUCUUAAAGUUCAGAAGGAUGUGGUGGAGACAUUGUCCUUGCGAGACCCUUUAGUCCUGAGGUCAUCAUUCAAUCGUCCUAAUAUAUUCUAUGAAGUUCGAUAUAAAGAUUUGCUCGAUGAUGUCUAUGUGGAUCUGUCUAAUUUACUCAAAUCUACUGGAGAUGUAUCCUCAAUUGUGUACUGCCUUGAACGUACAACUUGUGAUUAUUUAUCUGCUCAUCUUUCAAAGAAUGGCAUUUCCUGUGCUGCUUAUCAUGCAGGUUUGAACAGUAAACUGCGAAGUUCUGUUUUAGAUGACUGGGUUUCUUCCAAAAUUCGAGUUGUUGUGGCAACGGUUGCUUUCGGGAUGGGGAUAGAUAAAAAGGAUGUCCGGAUUGUUUGCCAUUUUAAUAUUCCAAAGUCAAUGGAAGCCUUUUAUCAAGAAUCAGGAAGAGCUGGGCGUGAUCAGCUGCCCUCGAGAAGUUUGCUGUACUAUGGAAUGGAUGACAGCAAAAGAAUGGUAUUAGUUUCUGGUUUUCCAUUCUUUGAACUCAUGAAGUUGUCACUGUGGUUUCUUAAGCAUAGAGAAGAUUUGUGGCAGGAAUUUAUUCUGAGCAACGCUGAAAGCAGGAAGUCACAAUCUUUAGGCUCCCAAGAUGGCUUGCGAAAGAAAUCCCUCGCAGAUUUCAAGCAGAUGGUUGAAUAUUGUGAAGGGUCCGGUUGUCGUAGGAAAAAAAUUCUUGAGAGUUUUGGAGAAGAGGUCCUUGCAUCAUUAUGUGGAAAAUCUUGUGAUGCCUGUAAACAUCCAAAUCUAGUUGCAAAGUAUGUGAAGGAACUUACAUGUACCUCUAUACAGAAGAAUGCAUUCUCGAAUAUCAUUAUCAGCAGCUCCUCAAAUAUGGCUGAUGAUGAUGAAUACACCGAGUUCUGGAAUCGUGAUGAUGAAGCUAGUGGCUCAGAGGAAGAUAUCUCUGAUUAUGAUGAUACUGUGGAGGCUGUGAAAAGCGUAGCCCGAUCAAAAUUGACAUCAAAGUCAAGACUAAAUCAGCGAAUUGAAUUCCUGCAGCAUGCUGAAGAGGAUUAUUAUAGGAAAAAAGCUACUGAAAAACAGAAUGGUAGCCUUGUUAACAAUAAGGUCAUAUCUGAAGCACAGAGGGAAGCAAGCAAAGAAAGAUUGUUAAAUGCCCUAAAACAGACCCAACAUGGGAACUUGAAGAUCGAAUUGGAAGCAUCAGCCACCUACCUCGAAAACGAGUGCUUCAAGAAGUAUGGGAAGUUGGGAAAGACAUUCUAUAAUUCACAAGUGGCAAGUACGUUUAGGUGGGUGUCAACCUCAAGCUAUAAGGAGUUAAUGGAUCGGCUUGGUACCUUUCUCACACGGGAGAGUGAUACCUGUACAUUGAAUUCUCAUCCAACUAAGUCUUCUUAUUCUGUGGGAGACCCCACAGAUCAAGACCAGGUGCCACAAGAAUCAAUCGAAGUUUACUGUGGUGAUGUUGGAUCUGAAACUUCUUUCAGCACCCUACGAAGGGGUACUUCUCUGGAAGCCCCAAAAGAGCAGGGUCAGGGACUGCCGAAAUUGAUUGGAGCCUGUGUUGAUGUUGGAUCCAAAGCUACUUUCAACACCUCACAGAUGGAUAGUUCUUUCCAGGCGUCAAAACUACCUCCAAUACCAUCAUUCUCAGAGUUUGUCAACAGAAAAGCAAAAGAGAGCCGAUUGGAUCUUUCAGCGGCAUCGAACAAGGAAUCAUCUUCUGGGGCACAAAAGAAUGCUGGGAAAAGGAUGAGAAUGCAGUAGAACGACACUAGUUUUAUCAGUUUUGUUUCUUGUGUUCAUGUUGGUCGUUGAACAUGGUUCUUUUGUAGUAAAUGAUGCUUAAAAAAAAGAGCAUACCCGGUGCACGAGGCUCCCAUAUGUGCGAGGUCCCCCGGGGGGGGACUACAUAGCCUUUCCUCGAGAAUGUCGAGAGGCUGUUUUGACUGCUUGACCACCAGGUCAUAAUAUUCAUACCUUACCGUUGGACCAAGUGAAAUGUUGCUUGCCAUUUUUGUAUAUUGUCUACAAGAAUCAAGGUUGCUGAUCUGAAAUUCAAUUCUGUGGAGCUCAAAGGCAGUCGUGUUCUUUGUACAUAAAAAGGACAAGGUUAGUGUUAUAUUCUAUUCCUUUUAUUGAUAGUGCUAUUUCACUGAAUUUAGUAGAGAAGUUGAAGACAA